GAGGGAAGCCCGGACUCUAGUCGCCGCUCGGAGUCAGUCUCUCGCUGCCGGCUCCCGGCUCCGCCGAUCCCAGUUUCCCGUCGCCCGCGGUUCGCCGCCCCGCUAGACGCCGCGAUGCCGGUGUUUCACACACGCACGAUCGAGAGCAUCCUGGAGCCGGUGGCGCAGCAGAUCUCCCACCUGGUGAUUAUGCACGAGGAGGGCGAGGUGGACGGCAAAGCCAUUCCUGACCUCACCGCGCCCGUGGCCGCCGUGCAAGCGGCAGUCAGCAACCUCGUCCGGGUUGGAAAAGAGACAGUUCAGACCACCGAGGAUCAGAUUUUGAAGAGAGAUAUGCCACCAGCAUUUAUUAAGGUUGAGAAUGCUUGCACUAAGCUUGUUCAGGCAGCCCAGAUGCUUCAGGCUGACCCAUAUUCAGUUCCUGCUCGGGAUUACCUCAUUGAUGGCUCUAGAGGAAUCCUUUCUGGCACGUCAGACUUACUUCUUACCUUUGAUGAAGCUGAGGUUCGUAAGAUUAUUAGAGUUUGCAAAGGAAUUUUGGAAUAUCUUACAGUGGCAGAGGUAGUGGAGACUAUGGAAGAUUUGGUCACUUACACAAAGAAUCUUGGGCCAGGAAUGACUAAGAUGGCAAAAAUGAUUGAUGAGAGACAGCAGGAAUUGACUCACCAGGAACACCGAGUGAUGCUGGUGAACUCAAUGAACACCGUCAAAGAACUGCUUCCUGUUCUCAUUUCAGCCAUGAAGAUUUUUGUUACAACCAAAAACUCAAAAAACCAAGGAAUAGAAGAAGCUUUGAAAAAUCGAAAUUUUACUGUAGAAAAGAUGAGUGCUGAAAUUAAUGAGAUCAUUCGUGUGUUACAACUCACUUCUUGGGAUGAAGAUGCCUGGGCCAGCAAGGACACUGAAGCCAUGAAGAGAGCCCUGGCGUCCAUAGACUCCAAACUGAACCAGGCCAAAGGUUGGCUCCGUGACCCCAAUGCCUCCCCAGGGGAUGCUGGUGAGCAGGCCAUCAGGCAGAUCUUAGAUGAAGCUGGAAAAGUUGGUGAACUUUGUGCAGGCAAGGAACGCAGGGAGAUCCUAGGAACCUGCAAAAUGCUAGGGCAGAUGACUGACCAAGUGGCUGACCUCCGAGCCAGAGGACAAGGAGCCUCUCCAGUGGCUAUGCAGAAGGCGCAGCAGGUGUCUCAAGGUCUCGAUGUGCUCACUGCGAAAGUGGAAAAUGCAGCUCGGAAGCUGGAAGCUAUGACAAACUCAAAGCAGAGUAUUGCAAAGAAGAUUGAUGCUGCCCAGAAUUGGCUUGCAGAUCCAAAUGGUGGACCUGAAGGAGAAGAACAGAUUCGAGGAGCUCUGGCUGAAGCUCGGAAGAUUGCAGAAUUAUGUGACGAUCCUAAGGAAAGAGAUGACAUCCUUCGAUCCCUUGGAGAGAUAGCUGCUCUGACCUCUAAAUUGGGAGAUUUACGAAGACAAGGGAAAGGAGACUCCCCAGAGGCUCGAGCAUUGGCUAAACAGGUAGCCACAGCCCUGCAGAACCUGCAGAGCAAAACCAACAGGGCUGUGGCCAACAGCCGACCUGCCAAGGCAGCUGUCCACCUUGAGGGCAAGAUUGAACAAGCACAGCGGUGGAUUGAUAAUCCUACGGUAGAUGACCGUGGAGUUGGUCAGGCUGCCAUCCGUGGACUUGUGGCUGAAGGGCAUCGGCUGGCCAAUGUUAUGAUGGGACCUUAUCGCCAAGAUCUUCUUGCCAAGUGUGACCGUGUAGAUCAGCUAACAGCUCAGCUGGCUGACCUGGCUGCCCGAGGGGAAGGGGAAAGUCCUCAGGCAAGAGCACUUGCAUCCCAGCUUCAAGACUCCUUAAAGGAUCUUAAAGCCCAGAUGCAGGAAGCUAUGACUCAGGAGGUGUCUGAUGUUUUCAGUGAUACCACAACUCCUAUCAAGCUGUUGGCAGUGGCAGCCACAGCUCCUCCUGAUGCACCCAAUCGGGAAGAGGUAUUUGAUGAGAGGGCAGCCAACUUUGAAAACCAUUCAGGAAGGCUUGGAGCCACAGCGGAGAAGGCGGCUGCUGUUGGUACCGCCAAUAAAUCAACAGUGGAAGGCAUUCAAGCAUCAGUGAAGACAGCCCGAGAACUCACUCCCCAGGUCAUUUCUGCUGCUCGAAUCUUACUGAGGAACCCUGGAAACCAAGCAGCUUAUGAACAUUUUGAGACCAUGAAGAACCAGUGGAUUGAUAAUGUUGAAAAGAUGACAGGGCUGGUGGACGAGGCUAUUGAUACCAAAUCUCUGUUGGAUGCUUCUGAAGAAGCAAUUAAAAAAGACCUGGACAAGUGUAAGGUAGCCAUGGCCAAUAUUCAGCCUCAGAUGUUAGUCGCUGGAGCAACCAGCAUUGCUCGUCGAGCCAACCGGAUUCUGCUGGUUGCUAAGAGGGAGGUAGAAAACUCUGAGGACCCGAAGUUCCGAGAGGCCGUGAAAGCUGCCUCUGAUGAAUUGAGCAAAACAAUCUCCCCAAUGGUGAUGGAUGCCAAGGCUGUGGCUGGAAACAUCUCUGACCCUGGCCUGCAAAAGAGCUUCCUGGACUCAGGAUAUCGGAUCCUGGGAGCUGUGGCCAAGGUCAGAGAAGCCUUCCAACCUCAGGAGCCUGACUUCCCACCUCCUCCACCAGACCUUGAACAGCUCCGACUAACUGAUGAGCUUGCUCCUCCUAAGCCACCUCUGCCUGAGGGUGAAGUCCCUCCACCCAGGCCCCCACCACCAGAAGAGAAGGAUGAAGAAUUCCCUGAGCAGAAAGCUGGGGAGGUGAUUAACCAGCCCAUGAUGAUGGCUGCCAGGCAGCUCCAUGACGAAGCUAGGAAGUGGUCUAGCAAGCCGGGUAUCCCAGCCGCUCAGGUGGGUAUAGGAGUUGUAGCUGAGGCAGAUGCGGCUGAUGCUGUUGGGUUCCCUUUCCCCUCUGACAUGGAAGACGAUUACGAACCUGAGCUGCUGUUAAUGCCAUCUAAUCAGCCGGUCAACCAGCCCAUUCUGGCCGCGGCUCAGUCCUUGCACCGGGAAGCUACCAAGUGGUCUAGUAAGGGCAAUGACAUCAUUGCAGCAGCCAAGCGCAUGGCUCUGCUGAUGGCAGAGAUGUCUCGGCUGGUAAGAGGGGGUAGCGGUACCAAGCGGGCACUUAUUCAGUGUGCCAAGGACAUCGCCAAGGCCUCUGAUGAGGUGACUCGGCUGGCCAAGGAGGUUGCCAAGCAGUGCACAGAUAAGCGGAUUAGAACCAAUCUCUUACAGGUAUGUGAGCGAAUCCCAACUAUAAGCACCCAGCUCAAAAUCCUAUCCACAGUGAAGGCUACCAUGCUGGGCCGGACUAACAUCAGUGACGAGGAAUCUGAGCAGGCCACAGAGAUGCUGGUUCAUAAUGCCCAGAACCUCAUGCAAUCUGUGAAGGAGACUGUUCGAGAAGCAGAAGCGGCUUCAAUCAAAAUUCGAACAGAUGCUGGAUUUACUCUGCGCUGGGUCCGAAAGACUCCCUGGUACCAGUAGGCACCUACAUAACCUGGCUGGGACAUAAGCCUCUGCUAGAGAAGAGAAUGAUGAGUUCCAGAAGCUAUUCAGAGUUGCCGGGAGUAGAAAUCAAUUCCUGGUCUCACACCAGAAAGGAAUGGGGGCUUCUUCACAUAGAAAACAUUUACACUCUUGUCAUGGACACUUUGAAAUGUGUCUCUGUAUGAACCCUGUACUCUCAGUUACUCCUGUGCACAGUCACCCAGUAAGUGGACUGGGUUGCUAGCCCAUGGAUUUUACAUAAGCUCAGAAUAAGAGUAAACACUAGCUGGAAGCCCUGCUCUGCCCAAGGAACAUUUCCCUCUCUGUUUACGGUUCAAAACUCCCUUUUCCCUCUUUAGGCCCCAAGACCUAGAGGUGAGGCAAGUCAGUUAAUAACUGUGCUUCCAAAAGUUAUUUUGGGUUUUCCAUGUUGCUGCUGACCCUGCCUACCUUCCCUGGGCUGUGCAUUAUUGCUGCAGGGUAAGGUGGUCUCUAGGGAGGGCCAGCUUGUGCAGCCUGGAUUCAUUUCCUGCUUUCCCCCCCAUGCAAUCCUAGUUCCUCUCACAAUGUAAAACCAAUUUACACUGUUGGGAGGAAAUCACUAUUCUGUCUUUAUCAUGCCCCUGAGUAAUAUCUGUGCUAGGGAAACUUCCUGCCUCACAUCCUGCCUUGCUUUGGUUGCCAAGGUAACCAUCCAGCAAACACACUGGUGCUCUCUGCCACUAGAGGGGCAGAGUAGCUGGGGUGUGAUCCUGCCUAACCUCCCAGUGGGGCCACUCCCAGGUUUUUAUGCUUUGUCACUGCCAGUAGAGGUCUGUGCUGAGGCCUUAGCAUACACUCUUAGCCUUUUUUUUUUUUCUUUCUUUUUUUUUAUUUCUCAGCUGAAAUGCUACAUUUAUUUUUAACCAAAUCAUCCUAGGUUUUGGCAGUCUUCUAUAUGCUUCUUUUUCUUUUCUUUUUUUUUUUUUUUAGGGUUCCCCCCUCUUGGGGGGAACAAGUGAGAUUCAUAUCUAUAUGCUUCUUAAACAAGACUUUAAAAGAUACAUAGGUAUGUGUUUGUUUGUAAUCCAUCCAGCUCCAAAUUUUUUUUUUUUUUUUUUUUUUUUUUUUUUUUUUUGAUUUUGAGACUGUUUCUCUUUAUGCUGUCUUGAACUUCUGGUUCAAGCAAUCUGCCUGCAUCAGACUAAUUAGCACCUACCAACCACACUUGGCUUCCUUGUAACUUUGGAAGGUCCAUUCAGAUUUAAAUUGUACUAAACAUUAGGGCUUGCUCCUAAAGAGACUUGAAUGGAAAGGCAGUCCUGUCCGAGCGAUACUUUUUGGGUAAGAGAGAAUAACAUUUGCAAAUUUUGAUGCUGGUGCUGCUAAGAAUAAAUCAGUAGAAACUGUUAUAAUUCCCAGUUGCUUUUAACCAAUUACAACCAGGUCUUUUAAUAAGUAUGAUACCUAAUUACCAGAAAGGUAUGUUUCCUGUCUGGCAAAGUUUCUGUAUUUAUCCCAUAAGCAAGUCCCAGGAUAUGAAUACUACUUCCAGAAGUCAAGAACCAGAUGAAUACAGGAAUGAGACCCUUUCCUGCUGUUCUUCCCAUACCUAGUGUGUUCAGUCCCAACACUGAAUGUGUAAACCUUAAGUUGAUCCUGUACACUCAGGAUUCCUCUCUUUCCUUUCAGCCGAUUAUUUUCAAAGCUCUCAGCAUGUCUGUAUAGUUGCUUACCUGAUAUAAAUGUGUAUCAAUGCCUUUAAAGUAUGACUCUAUGCCAAAGAUCACCUUUUGUUUUAAAGAUUACUUAGAGGAACUAAGAAAAAUCAUAUUUGCUCUCCAAGUUCUUCCAGUUCUGGAGACAUUUACAGGUCUGCCAGAUGUGCUUUUCUUGAGUGUCAAUGCUUACAUUAAAAGGAAGCAAAAGGAAAACAGUCCCUGAAUAAGAGAUGCCACCACCAAAAAAACCAAAACAAAAAACCCUACAUUUAUAAGCUAGGAUUUAUUAUAUACAAAUAUUUUCUGCCUCUUCUUUUGUUCUGUUUAAAACAAUAAAAUACAUUUAUAUGAAUAA